AUGGAGACCAUAAAUCGAACCUUCAACAACGCCUCAAAUGCUCUUUGGAACGAGAUCCAUCCCAACCAAACUCCCGAUGGCCAAUUAAACCAGCAGCAUGGCGAUGAGCCUCUCUCUGGAAUCCAAGGCAAAGGAACUGCCACCGAUCCUUAUGAUGCCGGAAACCGUGACGAACAACCUGGUGCUCCCAGGACAAAGGAUAACACCGCUGUCAUCCCCGAACCACUUGCAUCUACCGAUGCUGAUCACGCCCGCAACCCCAAGUCACCCAGCAAUGCCGACUACGGCCCCAAGAAUGUUUUCAUCAGUGAGCCAUACCAGGGUCAGCAGAUGAAUUACCCCAUAAGAGGUGCUUCUUCUGGUAUCAAGCAAGGGCAGUCUCAAGCUGCUGUUCCCGAGCAGCGAACCCAGAUGUCCACCUAUGGUCAAGGAAGCCAUACCUCCGGUAUGGGAGGCCAGUAUACCCAGAAGAGCAGAGACACUGCGGGUUCUUCCUCAGCCACUAGUGGCGCGUAUGCCUACUCUGGACAAGGAGUCCGGGACACCACUGAUCUUCGUGACAACACCUCUGUGGCCAGGGAUCAAGGGGUCUCAAGCAAGUCAGACGUCUCGGGUCCUACUGGCGCGUAUGCCUAUUCUGGACAAGGAGUUGAAGAAACCACGGAUCUUCGUGGAGAUGUCUCCGCGGCCAGGGAUCAAGGAGGUGUCUCCAGCAAGUCGAAAAUGUCCGGCCCUACUGGCGCCUAUGCCUAUUCCGGACAGGUGGCUCAGGAUGACGUGGAUGCACAAGAGCAAGUGAGGGUUCCUACAUCGAUAAAGAAAGAUACGGCAAACCAACGGGCCUCAAGCGCUGCACAGUCUGCUCAGCGCAUGCCAGAUGACGCAGCCAAAUCAAUGCAGAAGGAGAAUGAGUACGGCAGUAAAGCAGUUGCUGGAGGCAUGGCUGGAGGUGUGGCUGGAGGCGUCAUUGGACAACAGGGGAUGAACAGCAAUGCCGGCCAAGGAACUGUUCAGAGCGUCAAUGACGACGAUGUUAGAGCCCGCUCGAUGCAGCAGAAUACCACAUCCCCUAGCUCAGCGAUUGCGGGGGGCUCUGUCGGACAGCAGAGUGCCUAUGGCAACCUCGAUAAGGCACGGGAUGCCCAACAAGAGAGAUUGUCCGCAGCCAAGUCAACUCCAUCAGCAUCCGAGUCCACUCCCAGUGGAGUAGAUUCAGUAAACGCAAGGAGCCAGGUGCAGAAUAAAGAAGCUCGGGUCUAUCAGGACAAAUCAACACAGGAUGAGAGCGGCGCCGCGGUUGGCUCUGCCCAGAAAGGCAGCGGCGCAGGAAUGACCGAAGAAGACGGUGUUGACUCCCUGAAGAAAGGCAAAGAGAGCGCAGAUGACACCGGGGACAAGCUUCCCAAGAACACCAAAGUGAGCGAGGAAGCUCUGAAAGGCCCUAAGACUCCCGCGCGGGAGCCCUACGAGUUUGAGAAGCGCUUGGAUCGUGGGUACAGCCGCUCGAAACCAUCAGGACCCGAUACCAGCAAAAGUUCUAGCGAAGGAGCCGCCGCAGCAACAGCACAGAAGAACAAGGGUAACGGAAACGGCCACCAGCAUCACGGCCCCAUUACUCAGCUGAAGGAGAAAGUGUCCAAGGUUCUCCAUCACAAUGGUAACGGCAACGGCAACGGCACGAAGGCAUAG